UAUUUUCGAUUAUAUUCAGUACUAUCAAAUGAAUGUGUUUUUGAAUAUCUAUGACAAAAUGUUUAUUUGAUAUAUAGCCAGUCGCCCGAGAACAACAUAUGACAUUAAUACAUAAAUGUAUAUAUAAUUGUCAUAUACAAUGCUAUCUGUGAUACAAGAGCAUAUAUAAUGACAUCAAUACGAGUACAUUCAUUUAGAGAUAUUAUAUCUAAAGUAGGUCGAGUAUACGUUUUGUUUCCAACUGAACAUAACAGAUAUACAUAGCAACAUUUUUAAAUAAGUGUAUGGUUUGAAUGUGACUGAUUACAUUGUUUGUCAUAAAACCUUCAAGGUCGAAUGUUUGAAAGUCUAUGACAUUUCAAUAAGAAAAGGUACUCGUGGUCCACCUGAUCAAUUCGACAUAAUAUAGAUAUUCUUAAAUGCUUCUCCACUCCACUCUAUCGACCAUGUUCAUUUUCCAAAUUAUACGGAGAUGUACGGAAAAGUGACAUUGCACUGCGGAAUUUAUUGAUAUCUAAUAGUAAAAAAGAGAGAAAACAGAUAAACAAGGCAAGGGCAAAGUUCACAGGAUGCAGCCCCCAACACAUCCAAGCUACCUUAGCCGGGCACCCAGAAGGCGCCAAAACAAAACUGGGUGUAGAAAUAAGGGCGGCGAAAGAAGGAAAGGGACACGUUAUGUGUCAAAUAAUAAAAUUAAUAAUACUGUAUUCCUAGAAAAGAUUUCGCGCGUUUUAAGUUAGCGCUUUUCGCGGUAAGCAUGAUUUCAGAUUAUUGUCCCGUACAAAGUUCAAAGCUGCAGAAAUGUAAAAAAUAGUAUAAGUCAUUAGAAAAAGGGGUAUAAACUUAACUAGAAAAAAUCGCUGUUGUUAAGUCAAUAAUGCUUCCUUUAUUUACUGAUUGUUUUACAAGCCUACCUACUCCUAAUACUGCUUUUUAAAACACUUGAUGACUUAUUUUAUGAUUUUAUUUGGAAAGGUAAGGCGAAAAUAAAACAAUCUGUAAUUAUUGAAAAUAUACAAAAAGGUGGUUUCAACAUGGUAGAUAUUAGUACAUGUAGUUAUGUUCAUUCUUUAAAAACAAGGUCAUGCUGUGACCUUGAUCUACAAGGUAGCGACCCAAAUGUUGCGCGCUACAUUUCGUCUCAAUAUGGUUAUCAUUUCUGUGAAAUAGUUGUAAAAUGUGACUUCAAAUAACAAAGUUAUGGACCGGGCACAAAAUUGCUGCAAGGUCAUGCUGUGACCUUGACCUUCAGGGUAGCGACCCAAAUUUUGCGCGCGACACGUCGUCUCAAUAUGGUGAUCUUUUUUGUGAAAUAGUUGUUAAAUCCGACUUCAAAUAACGAAGUUAUGUGCCGAGUACGAUUUUGCUGCACGGUCAUGGUGUGACCUUGACCUACAAGGUAGUUACCCAAAUGUUGCGCGCGACACGUCGUCUCAAUAUGGUUAUCAUUUCUGUGAAAUAGUUGUAAAAUCCGACUUCAAAUAACAAAGUUAUAGGCCAGACACGAUUUUGCUGCAGGGUCAUGCUGUGACAUUGACCUUCAAUGUAGCGACCCAAAUUUUGCGCGCGACACGUCGUCUCAAUAUAGUGAUCAUUUCUGUGAAAUAGUUGUAAAAUCCGACUUCAAAUAACAAAGUUAUGGGCCGGACACGAAUUCGAGACGUACCUACGGAUGGACUGACGGACGGACGGACGAACGGACAACCCGGCGACUUUAUGCUCCCCCUAUAUGCAUAAAAAAGGAAAAAUUUAUUAUUUGCUGGUGUCAGAUUAUAAACACAAGUUCUUGAAAUUGUUUCAAUAAAACCCAAUAGUUUUAUUCAAUAACAAAAAUCAUGCAAUAUCAAACGCAUAUCAAUAAAUUCACGGUCAAGCAAAUUAGAGUUGAAAGUUGUUUUCUUUCAUCUAAAGCUGAUGAAUUUGCAAUUUUCUUUUAACUGAGGACGAUAUGUCGCUUUUCAUGACAUGGCACGAAGGUGUCGCAUUGAAGGUUCCAUGAUGACCGCCGUAUAUGAACACAUCUGCGUAUGUUUCAAAUUCAAAAUGUCACCAUUUUCGUGUUUAAAUGUUGAAUUUUUCUUCAGGCAGUGCUAGGGGGCGUGGAAGGUAACUUGCUAUUUACCGUUCAUUACAUGCUUAAUCAAACCGAGCCCGCAACAUUUCAAUUUUGUCGUUUUCUCUAUUUUUCUGAAUUCAAAUGGUAGUGUUAGAUAAUUAUCACACGAUUCGCAUGUUAUUAUUUGAGAGAAUCGUGCCCUUUGUGUAGUUGAGUUUUCUCUAUUUGUAUAAAUACAAAACCUUUAAUUUUCCGUCAACGUUGACAAUUGUUAUUUGAUGACGAACAGACAUUUGUUAAUAUGCAAUUUAUUAUUUAAUGUAUGUCUAAAUAAUGAAGGGCUUAAACCUAUAUUCACCCAUAUCAUUGUUUUAUGAUUAUCAAAAGGUUCUUUAUUCCAGAAUGAAAAAAUAAUAGUCACAUUGUUCAUGAAUACGCCAGGCUGCAUAGUAACAGAGGAUUCAGUGUCCGUAAACCUUUCAAAGCUACAUGUGGUCAUCUACUGAUUAUUUUAUUGGUUACACAAACGUGUUGUAAUUUCUUCAACAUGGGCUCGCAGCUUCGUUAUAGUAGUCGAGGAUGGUCGAUAUAGAAUCAGCUGCUUUUGGAAGUAGUGUUGAAAAACCAAUGUUCCAAAUUUAUGUUGCUGAAUCGAGGCGUUUAGAAACAUUUGCGAACUGGUCAGACAGUAUCUUAAUUAACAAAAAUGAUCUUGUCGAAGCAGGAUUUUUCUAUACGAAUGGUGAUACAGUGAGAUGUUAUUUUUGCGGUGUUUGUUUGAACAACUGGGAGCCCGGUGACGUUCCAAUGGCAGAACAUGUCAGAUGGUCUCCAAAAUGUUAUCACGUCUUUCUAGCUAAAGGACAAAAGUACAUUGAUAAAAUAAUAAUGAGUGAUGAAAACGGAGACGUCAGCAAUGGCGAGGUAUUUAUGGGUGAGUGUGUUUGGGAAGCAGCUGGUGCAUGUGGAGGAACUGACAUUGUAGCUACAGAUGCUUGUUUGGAAAUGGGCUUUUCUGGAAAAGAUAUAGAAAGAGCGGUUGCAGUUUAUAAGGAAGAACACGAUUUGACUGACAAUACAAAACGACUUAUAGAGGAAAAUAAUCAACUCAGGCAACUAGCCUUGUGCAGAAUAUGUAUGGAUACAAACCAGGACGUCGUAUUUUUACCUUGUGGGCACAUGAAUUCAUGUUUUCUUUGUGCAUACGUUCUGUCCGUUUGUCCAGUCUGCAGACAAACUAUCACCUCAACUGUCAAAGUAGUUUUUUGAUGGUGAAAAAGCCCACAGUUCUAGCAGCCAAACGUCGGGACCUUCCUCUGAUGAUAACGCUUAGAUGGCCAAUGAUCACUUUGAUUCCAGAGAUGUAAAAACAAGAGCACAAGCUUCGAUCUUUAAAUUGUAAACAAUGAUCAAGAAUUUGUAUAAAAAAAGUGUUAACAUUCUAUGGUUUAAUGAUCCAUGCUCAAAGAGCAAAUUUAGACCUACUGUUACAAUAUUUGGGUCAGUGUCGAAAUCUUUGUUUAAACAUUGGUACAAUGUCUUAGAGACGUUGAAUUGCAAAAUUCAAAUACAAUACAGCAGAACAAUAUCAACCUGAAGUGAAUUAUGCAUAUCAUAUCAGUUAUGCUUGAUGAAAGGAAACAAAAACAGUGGGCUGCUUUUGCAGUUUUUAAGGCUUCAUUCAAAAUUUUAACUUAAUUUUGUUCCAAGCCUGGCACUAAUAAUGAUGAUUUUUCAAAGAAGGCUAUGAUACCUUUAAUGUAUCCAAACUUGAAACAUGGACACUUAAGAGUUUGCAUGGUAUAUUUUAUUUGGAUGGAGCUUAAUAAAGAUGUGUUUGACUGUGA